CCCCGGGGGGCUGGGGCCGCCGCCGCCGCCGCCGGAACGUGCCGCGGCUGCGCGACGCUCGAGCGCCGGGCAGGGCAGCGGGCGCGCUUAGUCUGGUGGCGGCGGCGGCCGUGCGCGGACGGACGUGCCCGGAGCGCCGCAGCCGCCCGCAGCCGAGCCGAACCGCGCGCGCCCGCCCUGCCGCCCGCCAUGGUGUCAUGGAUCAUCUCCAGGCUGGUGGUGCUUAUAUUUGGCACCCUUUACCCUGCAUAUUAUUCCUACAAGGCUGUGAAAUCAAAGGACAUUAAAGAAUAUGUCAAAUGGAUGAUGUACUGGAUUAUAUUUGCACUUUUCACCACAGCAGAGACAUUCACCGACAUCUUCCUUUGUUGGUUUCCAUUCUAUUAUGAACUAAAAAUAGCAUUUGUAGCCUGGCUGCUGUCUCCCUACACAAAAGGCUCCAGCCUCCUAUACAGGAAGUUUGUGCAUCCCACGCUGUCUUCAAAAGAAAAGGAAAUCGAUGAUUGCCUGGUCCAAGCGAAAGACCGAAGUUACGAUGCCCUUGUGCACUAUGGGAAGCGGGGCUUGAACGUGGCGGCCACCGCAGCAGUGAUGGCUGCUUCCAAGGUGGCUCGACUCUUUCAUUUUGUCUCCUCUUUGGACCUCAGAGAAGGGCAGGUAACCCCGUUGAGAGGCGUGACUAACUCCAAACUGAUCCAGUCGGGUAGAGAGGCCAGCAGCCCCCUCUGCCCACCAGCACAUGGUCUGGAUCCAAGCCAGGUGUCUCUCCUACCAACACCUGUGUGUGGACAGGGUGCCUUAUCGGAGAGACUCCGGAGCUUCAGCAUGCAGGACCUCAGCACCAUCAGGGGAGACGGUGCCCCUGCUCCUUCGGGACCCCCACCACCCGGGUCCGGGCGGGCCAGCGGCAAACACGGCCAGCCUAAGAUGUCCAGGAGUGCUUCUGAGAGCGCUGGCAGCUCAGUAUGUACCUGCUGCUCCACCUGCAGGACCUGGAAAGUGGUUGAGGGAGAUGUGAAUGAGGGUGGUGUGAAGGCAUGGGAGCCUCACCAGGUCCAAAACCCAUUGGCGUUUUCUGACGAGGAGGAGGAGGAGGAGGACCUGCUGGAUUUCAUGUACAAGUAUAAGGCGCCUCGAAAGACGGAGAUCCCCCUGGAGGCACCGCCUAGAAUCCUUCGAUCUCGCUUCAGGAAGAAAAGUACCUCAUCCUUGACCACUGAAACCACGUGAGUGAGAUGAGCCAACAGCAACGGAUCCACAGAAUGUUUCUUCUCUGCCUUAAAGAGCUACGCACUAAUAACAUAGAAAUCCACACGCUGGUGUGCUUUGAGUGUGCAGCCUCACAGACACGGCCUUUUCUCUCUCCCCUCUUCCACUUCUUUUUUUUUCCCUUUUCUUUUCUUUCUUUGGUGGGGAGAGGCUAAAGGGAAAGGUGGUGUGUGUGGGGGGUGAUCUUUAAGUCUUCUGAGGUUAGUAAUUUUCCCCAGUUGGGUUAUAAUUAGACAGCAGUGUGUUUCUAGAACUACAAGAAGAUCCCCCCAACACUGCUGAGAUGUACAUUUGUAAUUUAUUUGUUGCAUACUUUGUUUUUAGUCCUGUAAAUGCAAACAAAGCAAUUUUUUAAAACUUUUUUGUUCUUGGUACUAAUACUUUGGACUACGAUGUACAUACUUAUGGCUUUUGGCUUAAUAUAAUGGACUCGUAAGGGCUGCCAGAGGUUCUGAUUUGUGAGAAAACUGCAAAAACAGAAGUGUAAAAAAUUUUUUGACUCUAGAGAAUGUCUCAGAUUUGCUUGUAGAGAUUCCAAAUACAACUCCAGUAAAACAUCCCUUUUCCUGCAGGACGAUGGUCCAUGUUCUUGACAGUUGUUUCAUCAGUAGACCAGAGAAGUUUAGAAUGAAGAGAGACGGGAUUGUAGUGACAGAUGAGUGUAAUGAGGUCUGGGGAACAGCCUAGAAUAAGAGAAGAGUCACGGAAAGCUUGUCUCUCCCUUGGACUCAGGAUCAGAGCCUCCGAAUCCUUUAGGGGGAUUUACUAUUGCCUAAGGCAGGUGGCUCACCUUUGGGAAAACUUCUUGGGGGAUGUGGACUCAGAACUGUUGUGAGGAACCAUUUUGAGUGCUGCAGAGUGCUUGAUGAAUGACUCUUUCUCCUUCAGAGUACCCAGUGCUGUGACUCCUCCACGUAGAGGAGCCUACAACCUGAGCACUUUGUUUUAGAGAACACUAAGCAAAAGCCAACCAGCCAACCACAACAAAAUCAAACCUAGGACUGUGCUUUGUCUCAGAUACCCUAUGAAAUACACCUGACACCUGUGUAACAAUCAGAAUGCUGGGUUCUAGAAAGGCUUCAGAGGUUGAGAUCUUUACGGAUCCGACUUGCUGCUCAGCAACAUGGGCGGCUGUGGCUCACGCCCUCCUGUCCCCUUCUUGGCUUGUGCAGAUCAUGAACAAGAGAGAAGCCGCAAGCUCAUGGGCACUCCAUGUCUUAACAGACAUUUUAUACAAGCCCAGAUCGCUUAGUAGGAGAAUAAAGCACUAUCUGAGGAGACUCCCUGCUUAGACUGAGAAUUUUAUCUGAAAAGACGAAUCUGGUUUAAAUAGCAUUUGGGUCUGAGGCAGCUGCUCUCCCCUUGGAGAGCUGAGCUUAAAUGGAGGACUCGUGUAUUUGUGCUUAGAGAUGGUGUUUUCUUCAGUGUAAUGCAUGCAGUGGUCACAACCCAGUUACUUAUAAUACUUGGACUGUGUUUGUUCAUAGAUAUGCCCUGAAGACUAGAGAGUUAGUGUUAUGUACCACGUAGAACUGUCAACCAGCUGUAAACAGGCACAGUUAGACCGUUCCAUUACUGAGCUACGCGAACAUACACCAGUGGUCUCUGCUGAGACAUCAGCUGGAUCAGAGCCACUUCAGAAAGGGUUUUUACUUGAAAUUGAUUCUUACUAGGUAUGCAUAAUUAAAUCCCUUCUUCCCACGAUUCCUCUGCAGGUGACUUUGUAAUUUACAAAAGAUUUAGGAAAAUACACCUAAAAGCAGAUUUGUGGUUCAGAGGGCAAAGAGAGGCUGUCUGUUCAUUGUCUGUGCCCCACACCCACUGAUACCUACACCCGUUAGGGAAGACAGAAAAUCUGUUUGCUUCAAGCUCACUGAAUAGUUUCAGAGGAAAAAUAUACACUUUAAAACAUAUUUACCUGUUAGUUGGGAGUACCCAGAAUUAUCAGAAACAAGUGCAGAAAAAGCUUAAGCAGCUUUUUAGCAACUUUUUUUUGCCAAAAUAAUAAAUGCCUUUAGCAGCAGAGAUUAAAAUCCUAUUGUGAACAAGCUAUUUUCAUCAUUUUACAGUGGAAAAUCUUAGCAAGUAUAGGAUAUCAAGUUUGCACUCAACUAUGCCAAAAACAAGUUUGAAGCACUCUACUCUCAGACAUGCUGUAUUACUUCUCAUUCAAGAGUUAAAAUAUAUAAAGGUAUCCAAACUGCUGUCUUAAUGUAAAUGUAACUAUUUUUCCUUCAAGUGUUGACUAGGGAGUUGGUUCCUCUCUUAAAAACACUCACUGUACAACUAGAGCAGCUGUCAUAUUCCUGGCAAAAUGUGUUUACUUAUCCAACAAGCUGUAUAUUUGUGUAUGGACUGACAUAAAAUGUGAAUGCCUCAAAGUGUACACAUAGUGGUGUGGUGUUCUGUCUAGAGGAUAUAACUGAAUGUUUUUAAUUUGCUGAUUAUAGACACAGGCUGUUUACAAAAUGCUAGCUCAAAAGUCUGUGAUUUUCAUGUAAUAACUUUGAGUUAUCUGCCAUUGAGCACCCGUCUGUCUCUGAGGUGAGAUGUCAUGUUGUACUUACAAACUGGAGAGUUUGUCCCUCCUGGCUUUGUGUGAAUAGCCUGCUCACUUCGCUGGCCUUUGAAAUGUGUGUUUUCCAUAGUAAACUGUUCGUAUGUUUGUGAUAAUUGUGCUUGUCAACCAUACCCACCAUUGAGCACCUUCCUAGUUCUUCACCUUGCACAGUAUUUGAAAUGGUAAAGGAUGUGCUUCAUUCUCAAACAGCACACACAGAACAGCUGACAUCCUAGAUUGUGACUGUGUGUACUUCCCUAGUUUAUUUCUGUAGUCCCUAUAGAACGAUCUGUAAUAAAAUAGUAUACUGGACUGUGCAUCAAAGGGAUGUAAAAUUACAGUAUUCCAAAGGUUGAAGUUCUGCUGUUUUGUUACAAUGCCUGAUAUAUAUAUCUUGAAUAAAGUCUUAACAUUUUUCUUUUAAAAAAUAUCUUUGUAAUGUUGGGCUUAUGAGGAAAAAGAAAAUACUUUUAAAAAAUGUGGAAGGUAGCAAGGACUUGAAGCUGAAUGCUCAUCCACUAACUGGCUUGGUACCUGAUGACUUGGCCCCGUGCCUACUGCAUAGAAAUGUUACAAGGAAAAAAAAUUAAAUAUCAGUGUUUUGAAAACUAGUAGAUUACAUAAAUAAA